CCAAAUGUUGGUGGGAACUGGCAGUGACGGUCAAUUAAGGGUAUGGAGAAGUGACCUGGGCAAAGAGAUCACAGCUCUAGACGUGAGACAACAAACUCUGACUGAAGACAAUCCGUCUAAUGCGAUUGUUUCGAAGAGUAGUAGACGAGAGGACACUCAGGAUGUCUCCGUGAAGAGUGUUGCAUUUUGUAAAAACCAGACGCUAUUUGCUGUGCUUCUAGCUGACGGGAACAUUUCAGUUGCAUGUGGCUCAACUUACAAGAUACUCAAGUCUACCCGAUUCCCACAGGAUUUCAAAGCCAUUCUUCAAUUUAUAGAGUGGAUUGAUAACUCGCUUUUAGUCGUAAGCGAAAGACGUCUCUUCAUUGCAUACUGUUAUCCUAAAACCGCUUCACGGCCUAUUUCUACGUGGCAUUUCAACUCAGAUGUUAAGUUCACUGUUGAGAAGAUAGGCGUGGCUACAGAGAAAACGAAGAAAAAAAGCUCCUUCAGUGGUGUCCAGUAUGAUUUCUACUCCUCUGAGAAGCAAACUUGUCUGGGUGUUGGAAUAGUACCAGUUAAAGAGAAAAUUUUCUGGGUUGUGAGUGUGGGAUCCGAGUAUGGAAAUGUGGACUUGUUCAAAGUGGAGUCUAGCCAAAUUUCAAGUCGCGAUGCGAGUGAUCAUUUUGCACCUGUACACCUCGAGAGACUGUUCACUGUGCAGAGCGCCCAUGAGGGACCCCUCACCCAUUUAGCAUUUGUGGACCGUACUCUCUUCUCAGCAGCUAAAGACAGGAAAGUGGCUCUUUGGGACAUGAAGAAAAUCAAAAACGGCAAAGGACCAGUGCAAGUGAUCCAAAAUGCUCAUGAAGACUGGGUCACGUGUCUGGAUGCCAGUGAAGAAGUAGUCGUCACUGGCUCGGCAGACAACUCAAUCAGAGUUUGGAAGAGGAUAAACCACCUGGUGAUGAAAGAGGGCGACAAGAAAGGGAAAGAAGAAAGAGCAGUGAUUGAUGCUAAUUGUGCUGCAUACACAUUGACAGGCCACAACUCGGCUAUACAAUACGUCAAGUAUUUUAACGAUGCUGAUUUGAUUGUAUCGAGUGACAGCGAAGGCGUUGUGAAGUGCUGGAGAUACUCCACAGGGUCCAUAUUGGCGUCCAAUCAAUUCACUUCGCCGGCAAGUGCAAGCAUAUCUACGCUUGUAUGUGAGGCCAGAAUAAAAGCUGAGGCAGAUGAGGACUCACCUGUUAUGAAUCUGGAGAUUGCAGAUUGGGCUGCUGAAGUAGAAAAGGAUGAAGAAAUUUCUGCUCAGAGCAAGAGAGAAAUCCCGACUAAGAAAGAAGAGUCGAAAAAAGAAGUGCAUUUGGUGAUUGGACACGAAGAUGGACACACGACUGUCGUUGACCCCAUGGUCGGGGAUCAGACCUCGUCUCUUGUCGGUCACUCAGAAGUGGUCAAUUGUGUAUGUGAACAGAGCAAGGAUUCGAGCGUGUUUUCAGGCGCGAGUGAUUCGAACGUGAUCAAAUGGGACCUGAAAGUUCAGAGUGACAGUGCUAAAAGCGUGAAUAAAUGCUGUGACGUCACGAUCUCCGCUAUUGACUUCUACGUCGUCAGCUCACUUGCACGUGUAGUUGUGGGAGACGUGGCUGGUGAAUUACAAGUAGUCGAACACUCCUCGGGGAGACGGCUCACAAUGAACCAUUCGGUCCACCCGAAGCACCACAAGGGGUUUGUGAGUGGGGUGAAUGUGGCUGUGCACGCAAAGAGAGUGUUCGUGAUGAGUGCGGGACGUGAUGGCAAAGUGCACAAUUGGGAGAUAACGGAAGCAAACAAUGGGGCCUACGGGUCCAUUGCAUCACUGAGUUUGUUGUCGACAACUGAUCUAGGAUCUCCAGUGGCCAAUAUACGCAAAGUGUCGUCCCUUAUUGACAAAAAGAACCCAAUAUUGUUCUGUUGCUGGGACGGUUCAUUGACUGCAUUAGCUCGAAGCGUCUCCAGACCAGAGAACGUAAUGAAUCUGUGGAGCACAGCCUCUCCAUCUUUGAAAGAUGAGCCCUGGCGUACUGAUUGGCUGGUAGUGAAGGGGCCAAAUAAGACUUUCUGGAACCUGCACUGUAGUAUGGAUGAACGCGAUUGUUUUGUUAGCUCAUCGAACGCUUUGUUCCAGACUCCGGACCGAAGAGCCGGUUACAGAAUAGAAACUUGUCACGAAUUCUCUUCUUCUCAGUGGACUUGUUUUGAAGUGGAUGCACGAGAACAGGGCUUGUUCUACAUUGGAGAUGCGAAUGGAUUCGUCCACAUGAUCUGCCCGAAGGAGUACGAAAAGAGAAAUAGUUCGGUGUGGAAAGUUGAACAAACAAUGGCUACCAAGGCACACGAGGGAGCAGUUAGGUGUAUUUCAUUGGCGCAUGCCCUGCUAGUAACUGCUGGGGACGACUGCGAGAUCAGAGUGUGGAGAAAAGAAGAAGUUGACAAAGAUGGUACAAAAGAAAGACGUCUGAUACAGGUUGGCCAAUUUUCAUGUAGUGGACCUGUCUCCUGCCUAACAGUUUCAAGAAACGAAGACACGCGUGUGAAACUGUCGAACAUAUCUGCUGCAGAUAAACUGGGAAAUGUAUACUCCCUCAAGAUUUAUCUAUAAAACAUUCUUUAUCUAUUCAUUAACUGGACAUUAACUGCUAUAGAAAUGUUAAUUUGAAAUUCAAAGAUUAAUGCAUGGUAAAUUAGGCAUACCUUUAAUUGAUGAAAGAUUAAUAAAUAAUUAAUAAAAAUUUAC